AUCAGCGUCACACACAGGCCAUAUUCUGAGCUCCAAUAUGACCAAUUUUAUCAUUUCCAAGGGGAAAAAUGCAUGACUUGGAGACGCGCCCGUGUUCACUCGCAGCGCAAAUAGAGGCUCUUGUGGCACGUCAUGUGAAAGAAACGGAGGCCCUAGAGGACUCGCAUUUGGAUUCAUGCAUUGAUGAAGCAGCGAUACAAGUACAGCGACAUACCCUCUCUCCCUUUUUACCCACUGCCGCCGAGGAUCUGGCUUCUAUUUUCAAUAUUUUACGGCUUGGCCCUCGGCAUAUAAUGGUGGACUUAGGGUGCGGCGACGGCCGACCUUUGAUAGCGGCGGCAUUGUUAUGCAAAUGUCGUGGCGUAGGCGUGGAUAUAAGUCAGCAAUGUAUUGCGCUGGCAAAAAGUAUUGUAUCCCAGGAAGGCUUGAGCGAUAGGAUGGUCGCUUUUUUCCGGUGGGACCUUUUGAGUGAUCAGGAGGCGGUCCUAAAUCGGCUGGUAGAGGCUGUGGAGGCCAAGGCUCAAGAAGCGGCAAUAGAGUGCAAGGACGGGGUUGAGGCGGUAGUGGUAUUCUUGUAUGUGUACCCAACAUUGCUGGCCCGACUGGUCUGUUUGCUCGACCGCUUGGUUCGGGCUUGGAGGGAUUUCAGACGAGUGGAGGUGGUGACCCUCACCUAUCAUUUGGAGGCACCGGUGGGAGGUGGCGAGGGAGAAGGGGUACUAUACCGGGAGUGUGGGGGAAGAGUAGAA